CAAGGGAUAGCAAUUUGCAAUUUUUGUCUCCUUCAUCCAACUUGCACCUAUCUUUUACAUUCAUCUGUCUAAAUUGUCCAUCUUACAAUUUCUUCUGUCUAAUUUGGGCAACAUCACCUUCUUUCUGCAUUUUUUUUACAGCUAACUGUUUAACACUUUCCACCUUUAACUUCUUUUUAUUCCUUUCUGUUGAUGUCUACUCUUUUUCAUCUUUAUUUUGUUUGUUUCCACCUUCGCCAUCAACUUGAUCAAUCAGUUUAACUUUCCCUUGCAACCAUUGAUCAACAAGGGUAGUCAGACACUUCAACAGUCAAUCGAAUCUUUAAACAGUGACAAUUAUCCUGGACUUUAACGUGUUUCCUCUGGACAAAGGCGAUAGCUUUCAAUUACGGACUCUAUUCAUCUCAAGUUGUGCCCAUUACCAACCAACUGUUCAAAGUAGUGUCUUUUUGUUGAACGAAAAAAUUAUAUCGAGAACAACGAGUCUGUGACAAAUUAACCAAUGUGUCGGAGUAAAUCACUGUUAAGUAACAAUUCUAAUCAUGGACCGGUGACUGCAAUUGAGAAAUCCCAAUCUGAUAAAUCUGAAAAGCUACGAGAAACCGUUGACACUGGUCUUUAUCUUUACAUCAAUAAAGAUGCCUAUGGAAUUGUUUGGAGAAAUGUUGCCAUCUUUUUGGCCCUGCAUUUGAUAACGAUCUAUUCAACCAUAGUUUUGUUCAGAGACCGAUCCUGGAAUACAUGGAUAUUUGCAUAUCUUUAUGGCUUCCAUGGUGGACUUGGAGUUACCGCUGGUGCUCAUAGACUUUGGUCUCAUCGAUCCUAUAAAGCUAGGCUUGGAUUGAGAAUAUUUCUGGCUUGUUGCUUCUCAAUUGCAGGUCAAGAUGAUUUAUUGACAUGGUGUCGAGAUCAUCGAGUUCACCAUAAAUAUUCUGAAACUGAUAGUGACCCUCAUAAUUCACGAAGAGGAUUUUUCUUUGCCCAUGUUGGCUGGUUGUUGACUCGUAAACAUCCCCAAGUAAUUGCCAAAGGAAAACAACUCGAUCUAUCUGAUUUAAUGGCUGAUCCAGUGGUUAGAUUCCAUAAAAGAUUCUAUCCACUUUGCUAUGUAAUCUUUAUUGUGAUUAUUCCAUGCCUGAUACCAAUCUAUUUUUGGAAUGAGAAACCUUUGAAUGCUUUUUUAAUUGCUGUCGUUUGGCGGUACGUACUUAGCCUUCAUUGUACCUGGUUUGUGAAUAGUGCUGCUCACAUGUGGGGUGAUCGUCCAUAUCGCCGGACAAUUGGUGCAAGAGAGAAUCCAUUCGUUUCCUUUGCUGCUUUCGGUGAAGGUUUUCACAAUUUUCAUCACACAUUUCCUUAUGAUUACUCGACCAGUGAACUUGGUUGGAAAUUAAAUCCAACCAAAGUAUUUAUCGAUCUGAUGGCAAUUUUGGGUUUAGCUUAUGACCUUAAAAAGGUCAAACCCGAGACGAUUCACCGAAGCAAGGAGAAUCAAAGUAACAACAAUAACACAAUGAUGUUUAACCAUCAAAGUAGAAAUACUUUUGAACACAAUAACCACUAUUGAAACCCAAACCAAAAACAAAUUGUCCUGAUUUCUAGUUAAAUUGAUUUGUUAAUCCUAAUAACCACCUAAACCUUAACCUCUUAAACCUUUUACUCUCUAUAAAUUUACACUUAUUAGAGUUUAUAAUUUAACAUUUAAACUACUUGUUGUCUUCUCCCCUCCUCCACUGAAUUCAACAAAUUGUUUCACGUCUUUAGACUUGAUAAAUUAAUGUAUACACGUACAAUUUGAAUUAAAAUUUUUACAUAAAAUAA